AACUUGCAAGAAAAGCGAGGGAAGAAUGAGGGGCUUGGGAAGCUUAAUUGUGCGAGUCCGAAGAAUACCUAGAAUGGAUUCUCGCGGAGCUGGGAAGAUCCGACGCAUUUCCACCGCUACAACUUCUUCUCUAUUUGGCGGUGAAGACGCUGCUUCGUGUUCUACGACGUCUAGGUCUUGCUCCAAUUCUUACUUGCGCUCCUGGAAAUGGAACCAAUUCGGAGGACAGAGGAGAACAAUGUUUAUCCAAACUCAAUCGACACCCAAUCCUUCGUCUCUCAUGUUUCAUCCUGGAAAGCCUGUUAUGGAAGUCGGGAGUGCGGAUUUUCCAAAUGCGCGUUCUGCCAUGAACUCCCCACUUGCAAAAGCCCUUUAUGGUAUUGAUGGUGUUGUACGAGUCUUCUUUGGAUCAGAUUUUGUCACUGUAACAAAAUCGGAAGAUGCUACUUGGGAUUUCCUAAAGCCCGAAAUUUUUGCCGCAAUCAUGGACUUCUAUUCUUCUGGGCAACCACUGUUUCUAGACUCUAAAACUGCUGCUGCCAUGGACACAGCCAUCAAUGAGGAUGAUUCUGAAAUUGUUGCAAUGAUCAAAGAGCUGCUUGAGACUCGUAUUCGACCUGCAGUUCAAGAUGAUGGUGGAGAUAUUGAAUACAGGGGAUAUAACGAAGAAACUGGUAUAGUCACACUGAGAAUGCAAGGAGCAUGCAGUGGCUGCCCAAGCUCAUCUGUCACUCUAAAAUCUGGCAUUGAAAAUAUGUUGAUGCAUUAUGUACCUGAGGUGAAGGGCGUGGAACAAGAAUUUGAUGUUGAGGAAGAGGAUGCAAUAUCGACCAGCUAGAUGGAGUAAAAGAUAGAUAAGUUUGUCAAUUCAUUCUUUGUUAGGUUGAGCAACAACACUGAUCUUGAGGAGGGUGACCAGGCGGGUGCUUGUUUUUACGCAGAAAAUAAAAAGGCCGUUGAGGUUAAAUUAUUUCAUGGUUUAUAGAGUAAGAGUACCUUGUAAUUUUAUUGCUAGCUUAGCAUUAUUUUGUUGCAUUUACUAAAAUAUUUUGGAUAUGAGGAACAUAUAUGAUAAUGUAAGAUAAAUUUGAUCGUUCGUCCAGUAAUAAUAAUUUUUGUUCUAGUCUUGGGAA